AUGCAAGAGUCCGUUGCUCCAUCGGUACCCACAAAAUCUAAGGCUGAACUAAGACGCGAACGUCGAGAACUGCAGGAGGCCCAGCGAGCUGCAAAGUCGGCUGCAAAAGCGACCGCGAACGCCAGUAAAAAUUCGACACAACCAGCACAGGGCCCAAAAAAGCAGGAGCAGGGUGUUUCGGACGCACCCGUCAAACCACAAGGGGGCCAAAAGAGGAGGCCGCAAAAGUCCGAUGGCCAUGCACCCUCUACUCCUCGGAAGGACUCUGCUGGAGACCAGUCGGUCGGCAAAGGGGCCUUGCCCACCUCUCCGCAGCCAACGGCACCUACGAAAGCCCCAGCUGCAAGCGGCGGCGGCGGUGGUGGUGGGAGCAGUGGCGGUCAACAAGCUCUGGGAGUUAUGCGAAUGGACGAUCCAGCACACUUCAAAAAAUCCAUUCGUCAGUUACACAAGAAGAUGCUGCAGCCGAGACCACAGGAUCCGGUGCGGGUGAAUCUCUUCUGCCACCUUAGUCAGCCGGACAAGAGGGUCGACGUGCUUGGUAAACUGAAUUUAGGCGCUAAAUCCUCCAUCCACCCGGCCUUUCUUGCACUGGGGGUUGAUGUAGACGAGGGACGUAUUGUGGGCUCGAAUCGUCGUUGCAUCGAGUUCCUACGGGCAGUUGUAGCUCUGAUCAGUUCCUUUCCAUGGUCGGACCAUGCAGCUGCUGGAGUUAGUCUAGCGCGAGCCUUCCACACCACCCUUGAUCGUCACGUGACAUUCCUGGAUCAGUGCCGACCCCUUCCUGUCACCGUGCGGAACGCAGUCCAAUUUCUCAAGAUCGUCCUCAAUCGAAUGGACUCGGUUUCUUCACCGGAUGAGAUGCACAACCAGUUGAUUGAAGCCGUGGGUGGAUUCGUGAACGAUCGCAUUCGUCUCGCGGGCAAAGCGAUUGCCGAUAUUGCCGCCGACUCAAUCCGUCCAGGCGAGUUGGUUUGCGUCUUCGGCCAUUCCACUCUUGUUGCCGAGGUACUGGUCACGGCGUGGAACUCCCGAACCAACAACUUUUCCGUCCUAGUCGUCGAUAGUCGUCCGCGUUGUGAGGGUCGUCGAAUGUUCACACACCUUCGCAAAGCCGGUAUCCCCUGUGAACUCGUUCACAUCGCAGCCUUGCCCAUGCUAGCUCCCAAGACAAACUAUAUUUACACCCACCUACCGAACCCGUUUGCACUGUCUCUGUCUUCCGUUUUGCAGAUCUCUCUGACUCUUUUGGGUGCUCACAGCCUCCUAAGCAACGGCUACGUGAUCGGAGCCAUGGGGACGGCCCAAGUGGCUAACAUAGUCGCAUCUGUUGCCCACACACCAGUCCUCGUCUGCGCAGAGACCUACAAGUUCUGGGAGCGAGCCCAGUCCGAUGCCUUUGAGUUCAACGAGCUCGGCGACCCGGACGACAUUUGGCGCGGGCCGCGGGGCACCCAGGACGAUUGGCGAAAGCCGCGCGAAGGCAACCUGCCGUGCGAAGGCGAUGGACUCGCGAACUGGAGGGAGGCGAAAAAUCUGCGGCUGCUCAAUCUUGUCUACGACGUGGUUCCGCCGGAACUAGUGUCCGCGGUAGUUACCGAAUUGGGAAUCCUUCCGACUACCUCAGUGCCGGUGGUUCUGCGCGUUAAGCAGGCAUCUGGAGACACCGACUGUUUCGUUAGCCCCAUCUUGACUUUAUAA